AGCUUCCCACCCACAAGACACAGCAGACAACACACAGCCACACACACUCAGCCAUACAUGUCUCACCAAAGAGGGGCGUUUGGCUGUUCAUCCACCUCAGCCAUGAUGCCAAGCCAAGAUGGAAUCUCCACAACAGGAGACAACCUACUACAACCUCCCGAUCAGGCAAGUACCAAACUUUGUCAUGUAGAAAAUAAGUUAAUUUAAUGUGUUCAUAUUUGUAAUACACAACAAAAUAAAUCUAAAGCCUUCAUCUUCUGUGAAACACCUUUAUUGUAUUGGUAUUGGCCCGUCUUAUUAGAAAGGGUUUAUAUUGCAUUUUGGCACUAUGGACAUCAUCAGGCUCCUGUGUGUGUGUUUAGAGUUUGAUAUCCUCUUAGAUAACAGUUUGGGAGGACGGCCUCAACGGAUGCUGAGGUUAAAUUGGUUUGCGAAACUUUAUUUUCCCCAUCAGUUCAGUUUUGAGUGACUUCAAAAUACCUUUUGUAUUGAGAAGAAAUGUGUCAUGAUCAUUGAUGUUUUACUAACACUUUAACUGACUCUUGUUUAUCAUUAAUGUACUCGUUGUGUAAGCAUUACAUGCAUUCCAUUUGGUAUUUUUAGAUAAGAUGUGACCAUGACUCAUACUUCGGUACUACUCAGUGUUUCUGUUUGAGGUCAGAUGAUACUGUACGGAGAGGGAUGUGUUUUCACUUUUCAUAAAAGAACCACAGACAAGACAGCCAUAGUUUUGAUACCUGUGUGUGUCUGUGUGCGCGCGUGUGUGUAUGCAUGUUUUAUGUGCAUUCUUUUUUAUCCAAUUCUAAAUUUGAGUACAGAGACUGGAGUAGGGUAGUUUCCAUAUCGCCUUCAAUGAGGAAGUCCCUGCCAGAAUCGACGCUUAUCUGACGUGUGUCACCCUGACUAUGCAUGGGAUUGUUUCACAUUAAAACUCAGACAUUUCUCAAGCUCCCCACUAAUGCAUAAUUGAUAUGUCACAGCAGGUACAUUUGGCCUAUCUAAAGCGUGUAUUUCUAGGAUAAGUAUAGGGCCAGGGGUUUCUUGACCACCAGUGGCUAAACUGUGUUGUUUCCCUUCCACAUUUGCCUCCAUACAGACUUGUGGCUCAACUAGGAACAGACAGAGACAGGUAGAGUGAGAAGAACCUCUCCACUUCAAUUGUAUAUUUUAAAUAUGCACAAAAUAUUAAUGUUAUUUUGCUAUACAUGCUUCCCACAACCAAGGGUUCCUGUAUUACAGUAUUGUGUGUAACCCCUCUUUCUCUCAGAGCUCCCCUGCCCGUAAACUGGGGAUGACCAGAAAACAGAAGGACAGGAGGGUAGGUCCAGCUCCUUUUUUCUCCACCUAGGGACUAGUGUUGUUAAGCAGUAUGAGCUAAAGCCUUGUGCUGCAAUGAAUAUCGUAAUCAAUAAUGCUGUGUCUUGAUUGUGUCUGUCAUUAUCAAAUAAACUAUUAAGUAAGUUUGUACACAAUAACUUUAUGAACUGUGACUUUGACUUCAGCAUUUCCUGAAUACAGCACACACAGUAGAUAACAUGAUCUAUGUACUUUCAGGACUUUAAAGAGAAUGAGAACCCAGAAGAGAAAGAGAAAAGACAUAAGGAGCAAGAGGUAUUAUCACUAUAACUUAUAAGAAUUGUGCUUGUUUUCAUAUACUUUUUUUCUACAGCAGGUGACAUUAGUAGGCCUUUCAGAGUCCAUAUUGAAGGUUCAUGUUUGACCGUCUUCUCUCUCUUUCUCACACAUCUUCUCCCUCCCAGCUCAAGCCGCUGUAUAAAGAGCUGCUUUAUACUAUCACCCACAUGCUGGGGAAGCCAGCCUCGGCAGAGGUCUUCACUGACAACCAGCUCCACCAAUACAUCAGAGAGGUGACAAUCUAACCAAACAAACUCAACUAACCCUAUACUAUACUAACCCUCUCAUUUACAUUACAUCUAACCAAAAAUGCUAUGCUUUGAUUAUUUCAUUGUCCCAAUACUAAUACCUCCCCCUUUAGGCUUUCUCUAUGGCAGUGGAUGAACACCAGAGUCUGACAGAGAGAGUCCAGAGCACAGAGGUGAGUUAGCAGAGGAGUUUCAUAGGUCUAUGAGAAGCCAUUUGACCCAGCAGUAUUUACCUAUACAGUAUCUAAGGGGGUUUUGUCACAUGCAAGAAUCUACCUAUUCUUUUUCUGAGUUCCUGAGUCUGAGUCUUGUCCACAGCCUCCAGUCUACUGUCUGAUGGCCACUGUGAAGGAAGCCAAGGGCAUCCUGGGAAAAGACGUCAGUGGUACGUCAUCCUCACCUCAGAUCUGUGAACGCAAUCAAAUUCACUUAGGGUUAGGGUAAACUAUUUUGAUUAUCUGGAGGUGGCAAGAGAUUUCUCUAUUUAUGUUGGUCCGUUUAGGAACUACAGAUCUGGCAGAGGUUUUACUAUUGUGGUCUGCGAAUCCAACUAUAGCUGACCUCCAUUGUGUUGUAUUAUGUUGUCCCCAGGUUUCAGUGACCCAUACUGCUUACUGACCAUCCUGGAGGAUGAGAAGGAGAGCAGGACACGGCGGUCCAGACCUAAACCCCGUAAAGCCGUGGUGAAGGACGCCGUCUCAGACGAGAAGGUUUUCACGACAGACACCAAGAUACAGACCCUCAACCCCAUUUGGAACCAGACCUUCGUACUGUGCGUGAAGGAACAUUUACAUAGCACCUAGAACCUAUAAAUAAAACAAACCUAUGAGUUUACUUUACAUAGGGUAUCUUGAAAUUGCCUGGUCCCAGAUCAGUUUGUAUUGCCUUGAACAUCCUGAUAAAGUAAACACUGAAGCUACUCCAUGUGGUGUCUUUCAUGGAGAUUGUAAAAAAUUUUCUUCCCCUGGGCUGGUAGGGAGUUUGAAGACACUGCAGGGGCCAGCUUCCACAUCGAGAUGUGGUGAGUUACCAGUAAACCAUUGUUUUGUUAGGUUGAAGUAAAAGACACUCAAUUUUUUUUCAUAUUCAUUUCUGAUCAAUCUCUCUCUCGUAGGGACAAGGAUGAGGAGGUGUCUCUGGCACAGAAGCUAGAGGAGAUCAGAACGAAUUUCCAUGGACUGAGGAGGUAGAGCUUGCAUACACGCACACGCACACACACACACACACACAUUAUCACAAUGUUGAUUGUUUCUGAUCCCAUUCAGGAUGUUCAAGGAUGCUAAGAAGGAGAAAGGCCAGGAUGAUUUCUUGGGAAGCAUUGUGCUGAGACUGAAGGUAAAGCAGUUUCUAAACACGCACGCAUGCGCACAUGCUCACCCACCCUGAUGCUCACCAUGCAACACUCCCUGUGUGUGUGUGUGUGUGUGUGUGUGUGUGUGAAGGACCUGCAUUUUACAGAGGAUAACUGGUAUGUUCUGGAGCCGAGGACAGAGACUUAUCCAGAUCGGGGCCAGUGUCAUCUGCAGCUCAAAUUCAUCCAUAAAGAGGUAUGGAGCUCAAGUCCCCCUACAACUCUCUACUGGCAAAUUAUGUUUAAUAAAGCAGAAUUGGUCAACAUAAUGAACACACAAAACCAAAGUUGUCAAUCUACACAUCUAGUCAGACUGAUGAGAGAAACACCCAAGGAGCAGGGUGGUCUUUCUCUUACAGUAACCUUUUAUUAACAGUAAGUAUAGUUGUUGAUCUACAGUAAGCUUAGUUUAUCACUUGUAGUUGGUGAAAUGUCUACUGUACAAUUGUAUUUAUUGUAUGUAGAAAAAGAAACAGACCGAUUACAGUAUGUGUUUGUCUGUGACAGAGAGACGGGACAUUGAGUGCUGGUCGUAGUGCUUACGUCAACUACUGCGGGAUCCUACAGCAGUUUGUCCAGUCACACAUCUCUAAGCAGCAGGUAAUAAAUGUUCAGUUCCAACAUUUCACAGUCAUAUACCUGUACAUCUAGUGGUUAAUCUGUGAAGGUAAUACACCUGCCUCAGGGUAGUGGUCCAUGGAAGGGGGAGUUGUGUGGGGAGGGACAGACCCUGUUGGAACUCUACGCCACUCAGAAUAACCUCUCACCUUUCCUGCAGGACCUGGCGUAAGUAGGCUACCACACACUCAAAACACAUACACACAUCUACACUCACAUGCAUGUACAAAUUGACACUAUAUGUCUUAUAGGAAGUGGGUGGCCUACAGUAAACUCUACCAGAGUUUAGAGGUGGACUCCUCAGUACUGCUCCAGCAGCUGACCAGUAUAGAGUACCACUGGCACCAGCAGGAGCUGCCCCACCAACAGGUAAGACAGGCUUUACUUUGCUAUUUGCAUAUUAUAUACUGUGUAUAUAUUUUACUAAUGAAAUAAACACAAACAUAUGUGUACAGAAACAGGAGCUAGGGGACUCUCUCCAUGGUUUCCUGCAGUACGGACUGUGUCUCGUGGCCAAGUACAGAGACAUCUUUCCCCCAACGCAGGACGCUACCACUCGCCUACACACACUGCUCAGGUACCCUACUGUAUGUAUGUGUGUGCGUAUGUGUGUGUAUUUGUAUUUAUUAUGGAUCCCCAUUAGCUGCUGCCAAGGCAGCAGCUACUCUUCCUGGGGUCCUGCAAAAUUAAGUAAGUUAUACCAUUUUUUAAAACAUUACAAUACAUUCAUAAUAGAUUUCACAACACACUGUGUGUCCUCAGGCCCCUACUCCACUACCACAUAUCUACAACACAAAACCCAUGUGUACGUGUGUGUAUAGUGCGUAUGUUAUCAUGUGUGUGUAUGCAUGUGUCUGUGCUUAUGUUUUUGUUGCUUCACAGUCCCCGCUGUUCCAUAAGGUGUAUUUUUAUCUGGGUUUUUUAAUCUGAUUCUACUGCUUGCAUCAGUUACCUGAUGUGGAAUAGAGCUCCAUGUAAUCAUGUCUCUAUGUAGUACUGUGUGCCUCCCAUAGUCUGUUCUGGACUUGGGGACUGUGAAGAGACCUCUGGUGGCAUGUCUUGUGGGGUAUGCAUGGGUGUCUGAGCUGUGUGCUAGUCAUUUAAACAGACAGCUCGGUGCUUUCAACAUGUCAAUACCUCUUACAAAUACAAGUAGUGAUGAAGUCAAUCUCUCCUCUACUUUGAGCCAGGAGAGAUUGACAUGCAUAUUAUUCAUGUUUGCUCUCUGUGUACAUCCAAGGGCCAGCCAUGCUGCCCUGUUCUGAACAAAUUGCAAUUUUCCUAAAUCCCUCUUUGUGGCACCUGACCACAUGACUGAACAGUAGUCCAGGUGCGACAAAACUAGAGCCUGUAGGACCUACCUUGUUGAUAGUGCUGUUAAGGUAGAUCAGCGCUUUAUUAUGGACAGACUUCUCCCCAUCUUAGCUACUGUUGUAUCAAUAUGUUUUGAUCAUGACAGUUUACAAUCCAGAGUUACUCCAAGAAGUUUAGUCACCUCUACUUGCUCAAUUUCCACAUUAUUUAUUACAAGAUUUAGUUGAGGUUUCAGGUUUAGUGAAUGAUUUGUCCCAAAUACAAUGCUUUUAGUUUUUGAAAUAUUUAGGACUGACUUAUUCCUUGCCACCCAUUCUGAAACUAACUGCAGCUCUUUGUUAAGUGUUGCAGUCGCUGUAGUAGUGCCACAGGUGUAGAGAGGAGUAGGCAGGAGGCAGUCGCAGGUUUAGAACUACUGAAUUUAUUUAAGCACCAUAGAUCAAAGCGGGACGAAACCCAAACGCUGUUGUGCUCAAAAUAUAUCUUAAUAAACAAAAGGCACAGGGUGAACCCAAAGUGCAAAAUAUAAAGUACUCAAGAAAUGGUAGGAGAGAUUCCUCUCAGGAAAACAAGUAACAUAUAAAAUGACCGACAAAGACAAAUGGCAGAGGGAGUGUAUAUAUACAGUGAUAGAGUGGGGAUUGGAACCAGGUGUGUGUAAUAAUGACGAGAACAGUCCGGGGUUGAUGAGUGAAGGGUGUUUGCCAGCAGUAGGUUCGGCAGCAGCUAGAAGGCCGGCGACGCCGAAUGCCUGAGCUGGACAGGAGGGGGAGCCAAAGCGAAGGCUGGUGUGACAAGUAGCUGACGUGUAUAGUGUUGAGUCAUCCGCAUACAUAGACACACUGGCAUUACUCAAAGCCAGUGGCAUGUCGUUAGUAAAGAUUGAAAAAAGUAAGGGGCCUAGACAGCUGCCCUGGGGAAUUCCUGGUUCUACCUGGAUUAUGUUGGAGAGGCUUCCAUUAAAGAAUACCCUCUGUGUUCUGUUAGACAGGUAACUCUUUAUCCACAGUAAAGCAGGGGAUGUAAAGCCAUAACACAUACGUUUUUCCAGCAGCAGACUAUGAUCGAUAAUGUCAAAAGCCGCACUGAAAUCUAACAAAACAGCCCCCACAAUCUUUUUAUCAUCAAUUUCUCUCAGCCAAGUGCUGUGUUUGAUGAAUGUCCUUCCCUAUAAGCGUGCUGAAAGUCUGUUGUCAAUUUGUUUACUGUAAAACGUGUGUGUGUGAGUGUGCGAUAUAUUAUGUGUUUAACACAGAUCUAAUGAACAACCUGUGUGUUGUUUUGUUGUAGGAUCCUGUCUCAGGUCUGUAAGACGCAGGCAUUUCAGAAGCUGAACCCAGCUCAGUUUGACCUACAUGACGAGGUCAACGAGGCUGUACAUGUAAGUACAUAUAGAAAGAGUACUAUAAAGACUACAGUUAAUACUGUAAAAGAUCCACAGAGCUAUUACUCUCUAAGACUGAAUGUCUUUGUUUGCCUCAGUCUGGUACACAGGAGUGGUUCACCAUAAAGAAAGGGUUACACCAGCCCAUGACCAAGGUAGGCUAAAGACAAGGGAAGAGAGACCCCUCCCACAUAUCACUUUCAAAGCACAUCAUGCACUUCUUUACACACUUUCCCUUUACACACAUUCUGUAACUUUAUCUCCCCCCCCCCCCCCCCCCCAUUUCUCUCUUCCCAGGACCUGACAGAGACUGUGAGUGCUCUCUCUAGGCUGAUAGGUGAAGUACAGCAGGACAUCAAGCACAACAAGGACAGCUGGAAUAGAGUGUUUGUCAGGUAAGAGACAGACGACCAUACAGAACAUGUAUGGUGGGAGGUGUCAUUAUCUGUCUUGAAUACGAAGAAGGUCUGCUUGUUAAUCACAUGAAUGGACUUGAAUGGGGUUGUUUUUCUUUCUCUCUCUCUGUAGUGCUGUGCAGGUGGAUGUGUUCACUGUAGUCUACCAAAAGCUGGACUCCCUGGUAAGUGGAGUCCAGCUUUUUUUACUCUCUACCUCUCUCUCUCCGCUGUAUAACUCACACCUUUCCCCCUCUCCUGUAGCUGGCGGGGGAGGUGAGAGACACUCUAAGGCUGUUGGAGGGCGAGAUGGAGCAGAGUUUAGCCAAUAGCCUGUUCCCUCUCUACCUAAGUCUACAGGUCAUCCACAAAGACAAGGCCUUCCUACAGAAAAGGUAAGAGAUUACUCCCUUAUGCUACAAACUCAGUAGUACACACUACUUAUACACUACUCCCUUACACAUACUCAGUAUUUCACACUACUACACUAUAUGAUAGAGCUAAGGCUGUUGUGUUGUUUCAGGGGUAAUCUGUUGGAGCUGACUAACUUCCAUGAGGGCUUCCGUGAGGCGCUUCCCUAUUGGUUGAACAAGGCCUUCAGCACCACUCUGGAACGGGUGGAGAGAGCUGUACAGGUGGACCAGGUAACAUACUAUUAUAACACUACACCUAGAAUAGAAUAGAAUUCCACCCACUCCUCAAUCAAUCAAAACUACCAUUACCCUGCCCAUUCUCCCUCCAGCAGAGGCGGAACUUCAGCUCCUUUCACCAGGUUAAAUACACACACCUGCAGGCAAUUAGUGGCAGCCUGACAAACCUCCAGUUGAUACCUUUCAGCGUUUGUAGUUGUUUAGUAGGUUAUACCUUUUACCUGUGGAUGCAUUUAUUGAAAAUAAAUCAUCUGUACCAUCCUUCAUACCGUCCUAUCAUCCCUGCUAUUACAUUCUACGAUUAAACCGGGCUAUAGCCUUUUGAACUGUUCUCCAUAUCUCUGUGUGUUCUUACUGACACAACACCACGGUAGCCCAUACCAACAUCAGCAAUACAACCUAUACAGUCCUUUCAGUCUACCAGUUUUUACAAUAAUUUAAUUGAAUAAUAUAAUGAAAUUGAAUAGAUACCAGCUAAAAUAUUCACUGUACACCUUAGUUGCACUCCAGUCUGCUUUUCACCUCAUUUAUCACCUGAUAUCCUCAACAAAAGGCGCAUCUCGAUAGGUGGUCGAGGUAUCCUCAUGAUAUGGCACAAGUGGGGGGAUGGGACUUUCCUAUUUUGUUCUCUAUUGCUCCUCUACUUUUAGCGCAAGCAAGGGGGAGGCCGAUGACAUCAGAGGGCACCAUCAGACCAACUCCUUGAAUGGCCUACUUCUUGAAGUUUGCAGUUGUCUAAAAAAAACACUUUUUCCUCAAAACAUAUUUUUGUGUACAUUACUGUAUUUAUACGUGGGAUAUUGUUUUUCAACUGGAAAAGUUCCAAAAUAGCUGGAGUGCAUCUUUAUAGCCAGGUAUCCGCCUCUGGCCUGCUGGCCCCCCUUUUUUUUAUUGUAAAGUGGUUAACCCACUGGCUAUAGGGUGAAUGCACCAAUUUGUAAGUCGCUCUGGAUAAGAGCGUCUGCUAAAUGACUUAAAUGUAAAUGUAAAAUGUAAGAUACUCACUCACUCAAUCCCUCCCUCACUCUCCUAUCUUCCCCCAGCUCCAGCCACUGCAGUCAGGCCCGGUGCCCAUAAAACACAGCUCAUCAGCAGUAGACCUGGUGGCCUGUGUCCAGCCCAUCUGUCAGCUGUGGGAGCAGCUCUCCUGGCCAGACCCUGAGGAGGCCUUCAUGCUCAUGGUCAAACUCACUGAGGUACUGCAUCAUAAACAUACAUUAUCAUGCAAGUACACAUAGUACAGUCGUAUGAAAAAUGUGGGCACCCCUCUGAGGCUGCAUAAUAAUUUACUCUGUCAUCACAGAAAAUGAUCACAGUGGCAUGCCAUUCAUUUUCUAAUAAAAGCUGAGUACUGGGGUUAUGUCCAGACAAAGAUUUUUAGUGUAGCAAUAUUAAGUUGUAUGAAAUUAAAUCAGAUGUGAAAAAUAGGCUAUGCAAAAAUGUGGGCACCCUUGUCAUUCUGUUGAUUUGAAUACCUGUAACUACUUAGCACUGAUUAAUUGGAACACACAAUUGGUUUGGUGAGCUCGAUAAGCCUUGAACUUCAUAGACAAGUGCAUCCAAUCAUGAGAAAAGGUAUUUAAGGUGGCCAAUUGCAAGUUGUUGUUCUCUUUGACUCUCCUCUGAAGAGUGGCAACAUGGGGGCCUCAAAACAACUCUCAAAUGACCUGAAAACAAAGAUUGUUCAACAUUAUGGUUUAGGGGAAGACUACAAAAAGCUAUCGCAGAGAUGUAAGCUGUCAUAGUGAGGAAAUGGAAGACCACAGGCACAGUUCUUGUUAAGGCCAGAAGUGGCAGGCCAAGUAAAAUAUCGGAGAGGCAAAGGCGAAGGAUGGUGAGAACGGUCAAAAACAGCCCACAGACCACCUCCAAAGACCUACAACAUGAUCUUGCUGCAGAUGGUGUCACUGUGCAUCGUUCAACAAUUCAGCGCACUUUGCACAAGGGGAAGCUGUACGGGAGAGUGAUGCGGAAGAAGCCUUUUCUGCACACACGCCACAAACAGUCGCUUGAGGUAUGCAAACGCACAUUUGGACAAGCCAGCUUCAUUUUGGAAUACGGUGCUGUGGACUGAUGAAACAAAGAUUUAGUUAUUUGGUCAUAACAAGGGGCGUUAUGCAUCGCGGCAAAAGAACACAGCGUUCCAAGAAAAACACUUGCUACCCACAGUAAAAUUUGGUGGGGGUUCCAUCAUGCUGUUAUUAGAGGCUAUAGGAAGUGUCUAGAGGCUGUUGUUUUAGCAAAAGGAGGCUCUACUAAAUAUUUAUGUGAUUUUUCUGUUGGGGUGCCCAAAUGUAUGCACCUGUAUAAUUUUCGUUUUGAUGCAUAUUGCACAUUUUCUGUUAAUCCAAUAAACCUCAUUUCACUACUGAAAUAUUACUGUGUCCAUCAGUUAUUUGAUAGAUCAAAAUGAAAUUGCUGAUCCAAACACCCAAUUAUUUAUAAAUGGAAAUCAUGGAAAUUGUCAGGGGUGCCCAAACUUUUUCAUACGACUAUCUCAUCAUAACCAGACAAGAACAUGCUCUAUCAUACAUUUACUAUUGUUGGCAUACACGUUUUUGCUCAUUUUCGUGUGUGUGUGGUGUGUGUUCAGGACGUGUGUAAGAUUGUUGUGAACUACUGUCGUAUCCUGAAGGAUCGGGUCAGGGAGCUGUCUGAGAACUCAGACCACGGCAUCGCUGUCAACAUGGUGAGGGGGAGAACAGUCCUGCCUCUAUCCCUUCCACUUUCAUUUAUUUUCCUUCUCUCUUUCUACUUGUGUCCAUCUCAAUCACCGUUUUUGUGUGUCUCUCUUCUUCUCUCAACUACAUUUAAGUGAAUUAUGUUAAAUGCCAUCUCUCUGUGUCUCUCCCUCUUUCUCUCCCCCCCCAGCUGUGUGUAGUAGUGAAUGACCUGGAACACUUGAGAUCAGUGCUGACCCGCCUUCCCCAGCAACUCAACUGGGCAGGACUUCGAGAACGCACCCUUCAAGUGAUAGGGGACCCUCAGUUCCACAAUGUGCUCCCCUCACAGCUGCAGCAUGCACAUGGGGUCCUCAACAAAGAGAUACGCUCUGCCUUAGAGACCGUUGGACGGAAGGUAGGGGUUUAGGAGAGAGGGGAGGGGUUCAAUGGAGGAGAAUCAAAAGAGACCUAGACCUGGGCUGCGUUCAGUACGUUUUUACGUUCUGGAACGUUCAAUUAAACGGAAACGGUGCUGUAUUGAAUGACCAGUUGAAAAACGGGGAGGGCAUUCGCCCAUUAAGACCCAAAAGCUUGAGAAAUUGCCCUAUAGUUGAAGUAUCUCUCUCUCGCUCUCUCCAGCUGAAUUCAGACAUUGCGAUGUACGUCCGUAGCAUGUCUACUCGAUGCAGAAUCCCCUCCAAGUCCACUGAAGAAGUAAGAAACUGUCAUCAGCCAUUUCCGAUUCAGCAAUACCGAAUUUAUAGACAAACAUUUCCUUGACUUAUGAAAAGCAUAUUACUGUAACUGACGAACUGUUCCAUGUGUCACCUAUCGUAGGCUGUGGUUCCCCUGAUACAAUAUCUGGAGAGGGAGCUGCAGUACAUGAAUGAGAACCUAGUCCAAGAGAACUUCAACAGGUACACGUACACACACAUGCCUGUAGUGCCGAUCAUACACUCACCUGUGGUUCAACUGGUACUGAACAUUUAUUACCCUCUUUGUUCCAGCAUACCUGUAUGAAUAUCUUAGAGCAGUAGUUGCCAAGCCUUUCAAAUAUUCUUGUCAUCUCCACUCUUCCUUCCUUCCCUAGUCUGUUGACUCCGUUGUGGACUAACUCCAUAAGGACCUUAUACCAGGUAGCUACACAGCAGAAGCAGGAGGAGGGACUCAUGGUGUUCUGUCAACGACUGCAAUACACACUCCAGGUUAGUAUAGUACCGAGUACACACUCCAGGUUAGGACAGUACUGAGUACACACUCCAGGUUAGGACGGUACUGAGUACACACUCCAGGUUAGGACGGUACUGAGUACACACUCCAGGUUAGGACGGUACUGAGUACACACUCCAGGUUAGUACAGUACUGAGUACACACUCCAGAUUAAUGCAUUAUUCUUAAAUACACACUUCAGGACAUUUCUGACUGUGUGUUGAUGUGUAUGUUGCAGUGUCUGGAGCAGUGUUUUCAUGCUGAGGGGAAUGGACUGCCACUGGAUACCCUUCACACAGACGACUACAAGGUGAGUUCAUGUUGGUUACAUUGCACAUUAUAUUGUUAUAAACUUAUGGUUCUAUAAGGACAUGUAAAAACAUGAAAUGGGUGACCUUGGGUUAUGAAUACUGUACAAUAACUCUCUUUCCUCUCUCUACUCAUUCUUUGAGAUUCUGAAAGCUCAUCUGACACACAACUCUCUCAACUGCCAGCAGCUCAUAGAGAAAUUCCUGGAUAGAAAAGUAUGGGAGCAGGUAAGAGCCUAUUCUAUUUGUGUUGUAUAACAGUAAAAAGUAUGUCUAUACAGAAUACAUUUGAAUCUGUGUUUGUGUGUGUGUAACAGAAGGUUUACAGUGGAGAAAAGUACGGCGCGGUCACACUCAUAGCAUCCUACAGGAGGUCUGACCAUAGACUCAGAGUGGAAGUAUUGAAUGCAGCUAACCUCCUACCCAUGGACUCCAACGGUAAGUGGUUUCCUCUUCUUGUCUCCUUCUAGACAGGUCUACUAGACAGGUCUUCUUACAGAUCAGAUCUCCUGUGUCUCUCCAGGUUCCAGUGAUCCGUUUGUCCAGUUGUGUCUGGAGCCUCGUCAUGUGUUUUCUGAGGUGGAGCCUCGCACCACACAGAUCAAGAACUGUGACCUCAACCCCCUGUUCGACGAGGCCUUCGAGUUGUAAGCACUAGCUCCAACUGCUACCCUUCAGUCACUACAUUGAUGGCAUAAGUCUCUCAGAUCUUUGUUGAAAAUGUGGAUGCAUUAAAACAACCACCUUUUUCCACUUCAACCUUGCCUCCUACUCAUCCUUAGGAACUAUACAAGUAAUCAUCUCUCUCACAACCCGCUCUCAUUCCCCUCUUCACCUUCUCUAUGUACCCCCACCUUCCCUGUCAGUAUGGUGUCGGUGGAGCAGUGCCAGGCUGCAGGGGCAUGUCUUGUGGUGACCGUAUUGGACUAUGACACCCUGAGAACAGACGACUUCGAGGGGGAGGCCUUCCUGGCUCUGAAGGCAGUGCCGGGGGUCGGAGGGGGGUCAGGGGAUGGACAGGGGCACCAGCCAGAUCCCUCCCCGGCCCAGAUACGCCUGCCGCUCAUACACCCCAAACCAAAUGGUAUGAUUUGGAAUUCAGUUCUGUGAAAAUUAACACAAACGUGCAUGAUACUGAAGUGUGUGUUCUCUCCAGAUGACAGUAUCCUGAAGCUGUUGGAGUCACGGAGAGGAGAGCGAGAGGCUCAGGUGUUUGUGAAGAAACGCAGACAGAGAGAGAAACAGUCACAGGAGGGGAAACAACAAUAA